AUGCCCAUUGCCAGUGGACAGAAUGCAGCCAGUGUGGCCGAAGCCUCGGGAAGCUAUUUGACAGUCGAGUACGACUCGCUGGUAGAGAUGGUCCUCUCUAUCUACUUCCCGACCCUUCCUGUUGGUGUUAUAGUAGGGGGUACUGCCUAUCCGACCAAGAGAGAAGCGCUUACGAUGGAGUGUGCAGAUCCAGGAGGUAAACGUCGUCGCUCAGGCAUGAUAGCAUCCUUUGCACUGGUGUUGGAAAUCUGUACCACUGCUACGGUUGCAACUGGAACAUUCACAAGGAGCCAUCAAAAGUACGCAGGAGUUCUGGCAGCCUGUAGUGCAGCAGUCAAGAUCUCCGUUGCAAAUUCCGGCGGCAAUGUUACCAGCAAUCUGCACCAGCCGCUGUCAUCUGCACUGCCUACCUCAGUGAAUGUCAAGGGUGGUCGGGGGCUAGCCGGUCUCACCAACUUGGGCUGGUGGGGAAUCGAUGUGAAAGAACAGAAGUAUACUGGUUCUUUCUACGUGAAGGGUUCCUAUGAAGGAGAAUUUACGGCUUCGUUGGAGUCCAAGAUUACCGGUGAGGUGUUUGCCAGUAUCAAGGUUCCUUCCAGGAGUGUUCGUCAUGGCUGGACUCAGCAUAAUUUCACACUGACGCCGUAUAAAUCCUCCCCAAAUGUUAACAAUACGUUUACCGUCAGUUUUGACGCCUCGAAAACGGCGGAUGGUUCGCUCGACUUUAACCUCAUCAGUCUAUUUCCUCCAACCUGGAAUGACCGCCCCAAUGGACUUCGCAAGGAUUUGAUGCAGGCAAUGGCUGAUUUCGGGCCUAAAUUCCUUCGAUUUCCCGGUGGUAACAACCUCGAGGGCAACUCUAUUGCCGGCCGAUGGAAGUGGCAUGAGACAAUCGGUCCGCUGAAAGACCGUCCGGGACGAGCAACUACUUGGGGAUAUCAGGAAAGUCUUGGGCUGGGAUUAGUCGAGUAUAUGGAGUGGUGUGAUGAUCUUGGGAUUGAGCCUAUCCUCGCCAUAUGGGCUGGAUUCGCCCUGAACGGAGACACAAUCCCUGAAGAUGAGCUUGAUGUCUACGUACAAGACGCACUGAAUGAAAUCGAAUUUCUGACUGGAUCUAUAAACACGAAGUAUGGUGCAUUGCGUGCUUCCCUGGGCCAUCCAGAACCAUGGACACUCCGGUACGUCGAAGUCGGAAACGAAGACAAUCUGAACGGCGGACUGGAAUCAUACACGUCGUACCGUUUCCGCAUAUUCUACGACGCUAUCAAGACAAAGUAUCCAGACAUGGCUGUCAUCGCCUCCACUAUUGAUAUGACUCUUCCGGACGACGCGGCAGGCGAUUAUCAUCUAUACGAUAUUCCAGACAACUUUGUGUCCCGGUUCAACUUUUUCGACCAGUUCGAUCCUAAGAACCCCAUCUUGCUGGGUGAAAUCGCCGCCACCGAAUUCAACAACGGCAAGGGGAUUGACUGGAACGAUACCACUUUCUCUCUAUAUCCAUGGUGGAUUGGAACCGUGGCCGAGGCUGUCUUCCUCCUCGGAGCAGAGCGAAAUGCCAACAAAAUCAUCGGAACUACCUAUGCCCCCUUCUUCAUGAACCUCAACAACCACCAAUGGUCCCCGACUUUUCUCGCCUUCAACGCAGACACUGCUCAGACCGCCCGAUCCACAAGCUGGUAUCUCUACGAGCUCUUCUCCCACAACCACAUCACCCAUACCCUCCCUGCGAGAUCCGACUCUUCCUUCGGACCUCUCUACUACGCCACGGGACUAAACUCCCACACCAACUCGCACAUCUUCAAAGCAGCCGUGUAUAACAGCACCGCGGACGUGUCGGUGUCGUUGGCCUUUGAGGGUGUCUCGCCCGGUACACGGGCUGAAUUAACCGUGUUGAGGGCGUCGGAUCCGUUCGAUAUGAAUAAGGUGGGUGAGGAGAAUACAGUGCAGAAGCGGUCGAUGAUACUGGCUGGGAGUAUGGGAGCUUUUGAGUUUAAGUUGCCCGAUUUGAGUGUUGCAGUUUUGCGGACGGUUUGA